GAGAAAGUAUAGCAGUUCAUCUGGGAAAUUCACUCUUUUGCACUCACACUCACUUUCGUCUGCUCCUCUCUACAUCAGGAACUCAGUGUCACCAGGAUGCUCCAGGACAGCGGUGUGUGUGUGCUGCGGCGCCAGUGUGUGAGCUGGUUGCUGGCCUGUGUGAGUGUGUGUGUGUUUGUGAGUGUGUGUGUGCGGGCGGAUCCUAAGGUGCGCCUGGCGGGGGAUGGGGCUCGCCAUGAGUAUGAAGGACGUGUGGAGGUGCUCCACAACGGUACGUGGGGGAGUGUGUGUGAUGACGAGGUGGAUAUCCGGCUAGCCAACGUGGUGUGCAGAGAACUGGGCUUCACCAGCGGAGUCACCUGGGCUCACAGCGCCAAGUACGGAGAGGGCACAGGCCCUAUUUGGAUGGAUAAUGUGCGUUGUGAAGGUACGGAGCGCACCAUAAAAGACUGUCGCCAUAACGGCUUUGGCAUUAACGACUGCAAACACACUGAAGAUCUGGGUGUGGUCUGCACUCCGGAACGCCAGCUCAACCAACCAGGUGGCGGCAGAGCCCAUCCGACACGCGGCCACGCUAUUGCGAUAGCCAACAGCAAUAGCAGAGCUACGCAGCAGUGGCAAAACGCUUACUCCAAUCAGAGGAGCAACGGCUACCAAGGCAACGGACACAACCAGGAAGUGACUCACAGAGUGACACGCCCACCACCCAUUGGCCAGGGCUCCAGUAAGGUGCGCAUCAAUGAAGUCCGUCUCCGCCCGGUGCUGAUGUCGACUAAGAAACGUGUGCUCGUGACGGAAGGAGUGGUGGAGGUUCGACAUGCGGGCAGGUGGAGACAGGUGUGUGAUAAAGGGUGGAGCCUAAAUAACAGCCGUGUGGUCUGUGGAAUGCUGGGAUUCCCUGAUGCAGAGCAGCCGAGUUACAGCACUUACAAGAAGAUUUGGGACCGCAAAGUGAAAGACCCCUCCACCAGGCUGAGUCUGAUGACCAAGAAGAAGGGUUUCUGGGUGGAGAAGGUGAACUGUAUGGGGGUGGAGUCUAGUUUGGCAGAAUGCCACACCAAGCUGUCAAUCCCACGAAGCCCCGCCCCCUGCAAUGGCGGACGCCACGCUGUGAUUCGCUGCGUCCCCGGGCCCCAGUUCUCACGCAUAUCGUCAGGACGACCACAGGCACCACUACCACAGCAGCCUGCGGUGCGUCUGAAGGCCGGUGCCCGUCUGGGUGAGGGUCGUGUGGAAGUGCUUCGCGAGGGGAAGUGGGGCACCGUGGUGGACCUGCUGUGGGACUCCAUCAGCGCCUCGGUGGUCUGCAGAGAACUGGGCUUCGGAACCGCCAAGGAGGCGCUCUCUGGGGCGUACAUGGGGCAAGGUACGGGUCCAAUCCACAUGUCGAGUGUGCAGUGUUCUGGUUCCGAGCGGUCCCUUCUGCAGUGUCCCUUUAAGGAGGUUCCCCUCUGGACCUUCAAACACACGCAGGACGCCAGCGUGCGCUGCAACGUCCCCAAAACAGGACUGGAGACCAAGGUGCGUCUGGCGGGGGGCCGUGAGGCGGGGGAGGGGCGUGUGGAGGUGCUGAUGGAGGCGGGGGGCCGCAAGAAGUGGGGCUCAGUCUGCAGCGAGAACUGGGGCAUCAACGAGGCCAUGGUGGUCUGCAGACAGCUCGGAUUCGGGUUCGCCGCACGUGCCCAUGAGGACACCUGGUACUGGGCGGGUAAUCCCGAUGCGAGCGAAGUGAUUCUGAGCGGAACACACUGCGUGGGAACAGAACUCUCCAUCCAACACUGCAGACGCAACUCAAACAUGCACUGCCCUCGCGGAGGAGGACCCAAGGCGGCCGGAGUCACCUGCACUGACACGGCCCCUGACCUGGUGGUGGACUCGCAGCUGGUGCAGGAGAGUGCCUACCUGGAGGACCGGCCGCUGCACCUGCUGACGUGUGCCCACGAGGAGGGCUGCCUGUCCAGCUCGGCCAAGCGCAUGACCUGGCCCUACGGCCACCGCCGCCUGCUCCGCUUCUCGUCUCGCAUCAUGAACCUCGGCAGGGCAGACUUCAGACCGCGCGCCACACGAGAGAGCUGGACAUGGCACCAGUGUCACAGGCACUACCACAGCAUCGAGGUGUUCACACACUACGACCUGCUGACGCUGAAUGGAACACGCGUUGCCGAGGGACACAAGGCCAGCUUCUGCCUGGAGGACACGUAUUGCCCAGACGGUCUGCGUAAGCGCUUCUCCUGUUAUAAUAUGGGCGAUCAGGGCAUCUCAGUUGGUUGCUGGGAUACCUAUCGUCAUGACAUCGACUGCCAAUGGGUUGACGUCACAGACGUGGCACCAGGAGACUACAUCUUCCAGGUGGAGGUUAACCCUUCGUUGGACAUGGCUGAGUCUGACUUCAUGAACAAUGUGAUGCGCUGCAGAUGCAGAUACGAUGGCCAUAGAGUCUACAUGUACAGCUGCCACGCAGGUGACGCCUACAGUGCUGAAAUCGAGGACCUGUUUGAAC